GGUGACCAGGGUUUUUACUUUGUGCGUGCGUUUUUGUUUGGUUUUUACUUUUGAGGCCGCAAGGUCUCCCGAGUCGUCCUGCGGCGUCCCUUAUAACUCGCUACACGCACUCCAGUUAACACUUUCGAGGAAAAAGUGACAGCAACUUUACGCGUUACCGUGUUAUUUCGUGCGUUCAGUGCGGUAUUUCGUGAAGUUUUAAGUGCUUGGAGGGGAAAGCGGUUGUGCGGGUUACGAGGAGUUUGCGUCCGAAGGCCAACAACGGAGGAGAAAGUAGAACAAAGAAUUGUUGAACCAGCCUCGGUUGAGAAGUGUGUGCGUGCGUUCGUGCGUGUGUGAUUGAAAAGAAAUUCAUAAUUCGCUGUGCGCGUACCUAACCUCAAAAAACGGUCAACAAAUUGAGCGGCGGGCGUACCUACCUCCCCACGCACAAACACACCCAAGCGAACGGACGCGUGCGCGACUGGAUUUAUCGGAACAGAAAAGAGUUGAAAAGAGCGGUGCGUUGGUAGUUGUGCUCGAUUGCGUGGUUUUCACCGCGGUAUGCGUGCUAUCUCGUGUGCGCUGCGUGUGCGUUGACGCGAGGGGGAUUUUUUCUGUUCCCGUGGAGUUCGAAUUAAAAGGAAAAAUUGUGUCGUCACAACGAAAACGCGUACAACAAAAUUGCGUACACUUUUCCCCGUGACUCAGUAGGCUUCGCUUGCUCGGAACGUUCGACAAGAGAGGGACAAGUGCAAAACAAAAAGGCCAUCUUUGCCAAACAGAUUGCGCAAAACACGCGACAGGAAAAGGGUGCAGAAAGAAGAAGCGUGUAUAAACACAAAGUGUGUGACGACCGAGCUAUCAAGAUUGUACGAGAAAGUAGCGUCUUCAUUCCGUUCGGUGAUAGCCAAAUUAUCUUCAAGUGAAAAUCAAACUGACCAAAUCGUAGCAAUCAUGGGUGCGCAGGUCUACAAUCGCAUGAUAGAGCAGCGGCUGCAUCACACACCACCACCGAUCGGGAUCUCGGCGGCCAACCGUCCGAUCUCCUCCGCCACUAACACGGCUCGCAUCAAACGCAACCUUUUCGGCCGCGUAGACUCAACCUCGGUGAAGCUGUUUGUGGAAGAACAGAUCGCCUCACAGAACGAGGAGAAGCGUAAAAAAUGGAACUUUGACUUCAGCACCGGACGACCGGACGAGAACGGAUCGUACAAAUGGGAGCGCGUUGCUAACCCGCUUACCGUAUCGCCUAGUUCGGCGAUGGUGACACUAACCCGGGCGGCACACACGUUCUCGGCCGGACGACGAAGGGGACCGAUGGUGGAUGAGCAGGAGCCCCUUCCGAUGGAAAAUCUGAUGGAUGAGCGAGCAGAAAAGGCUAACCUCGAGCAGGGUGAUGUGUCGCCGGUCGUGCCGGAAGUGCCGGAAGCGAUUCGAACAUAUCCGAAUCUGCGCAGCACCUCAACCGCCACCGUGACCUCCGCCACGAUCGAGGCACUGCCCACCACACCGCCAUCAUCUCCUACCACCAUCAGCAGAAGCAGCAACUCGUCAUCAUCGUCGUCGUCGUCGUCGUCUUCGUCGCGUGUCACUAGAUCUCGUCAAAUGAAGAUGACCGACUUCCUUAAAGAACGCAAGCGUCCCUCGACUGGCGCUUCGGUUGGUCGUACCCAAGUCAAGAAGGUGCGCGUGUUGGCGACGAUGUCCUCAAACGGUGCCGAUCCCAAGAAAGCCAUCACUUCGCCUGUAACCCGCAGCCACUCGGUGCCAUCUACAUCCUCCGGCUAGUUCCGGCUAGACAGACCACAUCAUUCGGACCACACUCCUCUACACGGCUUUGACUCGAUAGAGAGAGGGAGAGAGAGAGUGUUAUGAAGGAUGCUAGCUAGUUCUAAAUUAAUCCCUAGACACGUUAAGGACACCCGCUCGCCAACCUGCCCGCGCGGGUUGUUUUUUUUUUGUAACAACGUAUUUUAUUUUCGAAAAACCUUCACGUACUCUCGAUCUCGACUACAUUUUCUAGUUGAGGUAGUGUUAAAGUAGUUACCUGCUGCUGUUGCUGUUUAUUUUUGAUUUUUUUUUACACAAAGACAUCCCCCCCCUCUCUCUUUUUAUGAGUUUCGACACAAAUGUUUCGGCCAAUUUCCAUUCUCCCACUGAAAAGAAAAACCCGAUAACGCGUACCCAAAUACAGGCGCCACAGGCGUGUAAAUCACAACAAGGCAGGGCACAGGCGUGUAAAUCACAACAAGGAUGUGCAUCCACAUCCUUAAUCGGUGUGUUAACCGUGUGUUGCACCCUGUUGUACGGGUGCGCUUUAAAUAUAUUUAAACGGGCCGGCACAGGCGCCAUAGUCUUUUGCUUUUGCUAACGUUUUUACAACUUGUACAUCGGGCCAAAGCGGAACGGCAAAUUAUUACUAUUAUUAUUUUCUACUUUUGUAAAUUAUCCUUUAUUUUUCUACAAUUUUUUACCUUCUAAGUAAGGUACAUAGCGUACGAUCGUUAAGUAAUAUAUGAUUAGUGAUAGUAGGACGAUACGGAUUUUUGCGACUUUAAGGUACGAUCGAUGAAUUGUAUGGAAAUUCGCAUUCGGGGGCACACACAUUGGUUAAAGCGAAUGAUUGAAAUACAUAUUUUCUCUAACCAUUAGGAGAACGACCAGGUUGCUCCUAUUGCUUACAGAAAGUUCCGGCACCAUAGCAACGGGCCUAGCAUAAUCCCAACAUCGGUAGCGUGCGCAUAAAGUGAGAGAAAGCGAGAGUAAUGAGGGAAGCAGAAUGUUCUUGCGUAAGCCCCUGCUAGUGCCUGUGAGAGGCUGUGCAAAAGAGAGCAUCCUUUUGUUGUAGCUAUGAGCUGUGAGUUAGUAAUGCGGGAAAUCCUUUUCCAACCAAAUCCACGUCACUCGAUCCUCUGUUAAGUGAGUGAGUUGUGUUUUUGGUGGCUUAAACGAUUUCAUUGUGUGACGUCGUACAUGCAUAGAUCAUAGGCCAGUAGGGCAACAGCUUCUUCAUCUUUUUCUUCGCUGAUCCAGCGCCAUGGAUAAGGAACGUUAUCGCAUGCCGAGCGAUGGUUUCCAGCCACAGCACCAGGAUACGAUCUCAUUCAACGGCUAAUGCACAGUCGGUCGCGAAAUCGUGACGGAGGGAUUGUUGGUGGAUUGUGCAAUAGUUGUAUUAGCAUUAGUGUAUCUAUUCAUCAAAUCACUUCGCUUCACCGCUUUUUACCUUCCUCUAAAUAAUUUUCUUAUUUCUUACGAAUGCGUGCGAUUCUUCAUUCUGCGGCUCAUAAUUUGUAUAGGGCGAUUACGGCGCGAAUAUAGAAACUAAGAAGGGUUCGUUCGUUAGCGUAGAGACGGUAGUUGUGCCAAACGAUACUCGAUAUAAGCGAAGCAAUGGGAAAGGAACGCGAAGUACAAAACACUAUGAGAUCAUCUUCCUGGGAUAAAAAGGAGUCUUACUUGAGCAAGUAGUAGAAGGGAAGCAACCCGCGUUUGUUAACGUGAAUUUAAUCAAACUAGCUUGCUAUCCUCCUGUUACUUCACAUCGUGAGGUGUUCUUUUACCGGAUCAAAAUUCCCGUUACGAUCAAUCGAGCAAUAAGAACCCGAAAUAAGAUACCUUAUCAAACGCAAGCCGAUUAAAUCAUUUAAGCGGUAAAGUAACUUUCCUACCUUGUUGAUCUUCGACUUUUCGGGCAAUGUGUUUGCAUAUGAGCUGACAAUUGCGUUCGAUUAGAUUGAGUGUCGAAAUGUUCCCACCCUGUAGUAAUAACGUUAACGAUAGUGGUAACAGUAGCAGUAGUAAUUGCAUAGAUUAUCCUGCAAGGAUAAGAUUAUCAUCGCUACGCUUGAUCACCUCGUUCUUUUCGCAGUGACGAAGUGAAGUGGCGAUGCGGUUGGAAUCUUCUUUCGCUGCAUCAACUAAGGUGUACAUAGUGCUGCGAAAAUUUUUGGAUCUCUCGUACAUUAGGUGUUACACUUUUGCUCCUUAUUGUAGGUCACUCUAUGAUUAAGCCAGAUGCGGCAAGGAAAACGGGGAUAUGGGAUAAAGAGAGAGAGAAAAUUAAGGAAAACCAGAAAAUCCAGCACUAUCGAGUCCAAAACAAGCAAACAAGCUAUCAUAACCAGUAGGAACAGUAGGAUCCAGCAGGCCCAAAAUUCUGUUUAAAGUCGAAAAAAAACGACAACCAAUUCAGAGAAGAGAGAAAGAGAGGGAUAGAAUCGAAGAUUUCGAUUCGAGUUGAAUGUUUCGAUUCUCACCCUUCUCCCGUUUUUAAUUCCCUGUAAUAGAAUCAAACCAGAUUAACACUAUACUUCCGCUCCUGAAAAUGUACUAAAAUAAAGUUCAAAUGCAUGAAUAUAUAUACC